AUGUCGUCUUCAGCCGGAUUUCAAGCCGCGUUCUCUGCAAACUCUGGCUCUGAGGUGGAUGACUCGGCAGCGACUCAUCUUGGUUGCUUCGCCAAAAGGUUUGUGUUAGAAUUUGGUUUGAUUUUGGAUGAGUAUGCAGUUGGUGUUAUGAUCGUUGAUCAAGACCUUACCAAACUGAACCGUGAUCCUGCGAAGGUUAUAUAUUUGAGUGGCCAUGACCUAGAGAGUUGUCUUCAGGCAGACAAUUGUGUCCAAAUCAAGCCUUGGACAAGUGAUGAUUUGGAUGAUUUAGAUGACAAUUUUGUAGCCCAGAGUAGACCAAAUGAUGAUGAUGAGGACGAUGAUGAAGACGACGAAGACGAUGAAGAGCAGCAAAUGCAGAUAAAAGAUGAAACAGAAACCAACCUUAUAAAUCUCCGAAGAACUAUAUAUUUAACAAUUAUGUCCAGUGUAGAUUUUGAAGAAGCUGGCCACAAAUUGCUGAAAAUCAAACUUGAGCCUGGGCAAGAGAUGGAGUUGAAUAUAAUGUUAUUGGAGUGCUGCAGCCAGGAGAGGACAUAUCUAAGAUAUUAUGGUCUGUUAGGCCAAAGGUUUUGUAUGCUCAAAAGAGUGUAUCAGGAGAAUUUUGACAAGUUUGAUUUUCCCAAGUUGAUUUUCGGAUAAUUGCAUGUUUUUUGGGUUGAUUGUUCCUGGGAAGAAGAGAGAGAAAUAUCAGAAAUUGUGUUUUUUUGGGGUUUAGAA